GAAGUGGGACUAAUUGAAGCUAGAGGAGCCAUGUUGGCCACCCAAACACCUGAGAGCGGCCCAGAGGCAAAAGAUGGAAAACAGUGGAUCAAGGAAAAGAUCGCACGGACCCUAAAAGUCCUGCAGAAGCGUUACAUCACCACAGACACGGCGGUCACCAGUGAGGACCUGGAGGCUAACCUGCUGUGUUGUGCUUUGGAGGCGGUCUUCAUCCAUGGAAUCAAGAGCAAGUUCAUUCGAUUUGAUGGAAGUCACGCGCGCAAAGGAGGGUCACGAGGAGCCCUUCCUCAGCCCGUCUUCUGGAGCCUAUUGAAGAACGUCACCCACAGGGAUGUCGUUCAAGAACUGGAACGUCUAAGCUUCAUAAACUCAGAUAUUGGGCGCUGCAGAGCAUGGGUUCGCCUGGCGCUAAAUGAUGGGCUUCUGGAGUGUUACCUGGCUUCGCUGUUUCGCGAACGGUCCAACUUGAGCUCCUACUACCAGUCCGGGGCUCUUUUGCUGGACCCGGAGGACCGUGAGGUUCUCCUCACCCUCCUGCAGGGUUUGUCCUCGAUGACCUUCCAGCUCUCUUAUAAAUCAGCUGUGCUGAAUGAGUGGACCAACACACCGCUGGUUCUUGCGGGUCUUUGUCCCCCAACGCCUGCCGACGAGCACCUUGUAGGCCCCAAGCGCAAGGAGUCUUGGGAUACGGUCUCCCAGUCAUCCGGAGGAUCUGGAGGCUCAGAUUGGGCUCAGGAGGUGCUCCAGAGGGAGCCGAGGAAAGAGCAGAGCGAGGGCUGUGAGCCGAACACUCCGCUGACAUCGUCAAACCUGAGUCUGGAUACGUCCGGAUCGUCACAGCUCUCCUCCAGUCUGAGCUCUGAUAGUCUGCUGCAGGGUCAGGAGCUCAGAAGUCCAGAGAAGGAACACUGGAGUUGUGACACGGAGAUCAGCCAAAACGCACAACAGAAGAUCACGGCUACAGAAGAGAACAGUUCCUCUACUCAGGACUUGAAGGAGGACUUUGAUGUGUUCAUACCAGCUUCAGACUCUGCAGCACAAGCCGUUAAUAACAACACGCACAUGCCUGACGCAUCUCCAACAGCUGCACAGGACACACACCAAUCAGAUGCACACAUCUCAGAGCAAUCUAAAGCAAGCUCAGAAAAGAUGUCAGCUGAGAUGAUACAGGAGACGGAAGAAGGGACAACGGAAGAAUCUGAGACUCUAGGUAAAACCGUCAUUGAGACUCCAGAAAGUGAGCAGGAGAAAGUGAACAGAGACCCAUCUGUUGAUACUUGGACCGAGAAGACCUCUGACCCUGACGCUCUUCCUCCAGAGACCUCUACCGCCUCUAGUUCAGUGGAGCAAUCCCAACAUGCUGCAUACAGAUGCUCCGCAAGUACCGCCAGCAGGAAAACCUCCUCAGACUCUCUGUAUUCCUCCUGCAAAUCCACAUCUUGGAUAUCAGAGGAUGACUUCUACAAGCCAGAAGAAAUGGGCAGUUCUGAAGCGUAUGCAGUCAUUGACAUUGCGCAGAUGAACGGACAGGUGAUGCCUACCUCUGAACCAGACACCGUCCAGCCACCACCUAGUGUAGUGCACCGGAGACACAACGGUCUUCCUAACCCGUUCAGGGGUCUGCUGAAGCUGGGUCAGCUGGAGCGCCGCAGUGCGGUGGGCAUGUGGCGGGAUUAUUACUGCGAGCUCUCUCCAUUUGAACUGCGGCUUUACAUCAAUGCAGAGGAGCGCAUCUGCUAUGAAAACCUGUCCCUGCUGCGCUGCGAAGAUGUCCACCUGUCCUCCAGUAACGAGGGCCGAUUCCGGCUCUCCUUCCCCGGCAAAAGAAUCUACCUGCGCGCGCCGUCUCAAGGAGAGGCAGAGGACUGGGUGGAUCGCAUCGUGGAGGCCAUCAGCAAACUACGGCCCACAAUGAGAGACGAACAGUGGGAGGUGCUACACACGUCCAACGACCAGGACGUCCCCUCACCGACACCCUCAAGCCCCGAACACACCAUCUCAGAACUUCCAGAUCCUCCACAGUUAGAUUGGAUCCGUCAUAAGGACCCAGAGCCAGAUGCCAUAAAGGAAGCGGUGGUCUAUCAGAACUUUGAGGAGAAGGGUUGGCGGUCUGUUUUACUUUCUCUCUCCUUGGAGGCUCUCAGGGGGUACCGGGUCCAAGGGGACUCCAAGACGCCCCUCUUCUCAUACUCCAUUGGGAGCAUCAGGGAUGUGGUUCCUGAUGUUUCUUUAGGAAGUCCUGCGUUUUUUAAGGUUCUGACUGCGCAGGACACUCUGACGUUGAGGGCGGAGAGCGGAGAGGAAGCGCGAGGAUGGAGGAGUCUGAUCAGAGGAGCGCUCGACUCGUAUCUGGAGACGGAGGAUGAUGGAGCGCUUCAGGGCGUCUCAUCGCCCCCCGGUGGUUACGCGGGGAAGAUACACAAACUGGUCCAACACAGACUGAAGGGAGAUGGGGUGUUGCUGUGUCACUUGUCUACUGUCCCAAAUGAAAGAGGACUAGAUGCACAAAACUACAAAUGUGCAGGUUGCUCUCGUCAGAUCGGUAUGUCUCUGGGGAGAGCCAGACUCUGUGAGUUCUCAGGUCAGUACUACUGUGAGAGCUGCCAUCAGGGAGACGCAAUCAUCAUCCCCUCCCGCAUGCUGCACAACUGGGACCUAACAAUGCACGAGGUCUCCAAACAAGCCUUUAAGUUGCUGACACAGAUUGAGCACGAGCCGCUCCUGAGGCUGGACCUUUUGAAUCCUGACCUGUUUGAUCACACUAACAUCAUGACUGAAGUGCAGAGCCUGAGACAGAAGCUUCGUUUCCUUGGAGAUUACAUCCUCAUCUGCCGCAGUGACAUAAGCAAACAAAUCCAACCCAGACUUCAGCAGCGGACAUACUUACUGGAUAACAGUGAUCUAUACAGUGUAUUGGACUUGCAGCAGAUAGCAGACGAGCACUACGAAUCUUACCUGCGGUCUCUGAUUCAGUUUGGGUCCAAGCACGUGCUCAACUGUGACCUUUGCACCCAAAGGGGCUUUAUAUGUCAGAUCUGCAACACCGACAACAUCAUCUUCCCUUUUCAGUUUGACAGCACCACCAGGUGUAACGUCUGCAAGACGGUGUUUCAUUCCUCCUGUAAGGCGAAGUGUCCGGUCUGUCCACGCUGCGUUCGCAUACAAAAGUAUAUGGAGAGGGACUUGGACGACUGAGUUAGCUGUUAGUUAAAAACAGGUUUCUAAGAAAACGGUCAUGCUACCAAGCUCGAAAUCCAGGGUUAGUACUAUAUUGCCAUAAUACUCAAAUCUAAAAGUUAUUUUCUCAGAACUGGAAGCAUUUGAUCACACUAAGCGUUUAAUUGGACUCAUCUGAAACUCAACUUUAAGUGCACUUAUUUACACAUUCAUAUGUACAUAUUUACUCACAUCAGCACUCCCGUGUAUGUUCUUUCAUGAAAUGUCAAUAAUGCCAAACAAACACUUUUCUGCAAUGGUUAUUCUGCAGGUUAGUGUUCAGAAUCAUAAGUCUUAGUUCUCUUAAUUAAUUUUUUUUUGCGUAGUCAUUAUUGAUUGUCAAGCCAAGGAAGUCGUAUUUAUGAAACUUAAGGCACUUAAAUGCCAAGGAUCUUAUAACUCUUGUUUUUAUAGUACUAUUUUUACAUCUGAAUGUCACGUGCCAAGUUUUAAAUGAAGCAUUGCGAGUUUGCAUAUUAAUUGUCGUAUAUGCAGGAAUCGUAUGCAUUUAAUAAGAGGAUGGUUAUUAAAAUUCUGAAAUGUACCAACACUUACAACCUCCUUUAACAGGUCAUUUUUGUACAAUACUGUGCCUUUAUUUUCGUGUUUCAUAGUAGCAUCCUUCAUCACUCAAAUUGAUUGUGCCAAAAAUGGAACUAUUACAAGCCAAUGUGAAUUAUUAAUGUUUGUCACUAAAUCAGUUAUGUGCAAAGAAACUGAAUUGCUGACAUUCAUCUCUGUGGAUGAUACAAAGGAUGAACUUUUUUUAUAUAUUAGCGUCCUGGUUUAAUGAAUGUCUCUGGUUUGCAUAUGAAGGUCUUAUAUGGAAACUGAAAUAGGAGCGAGAACAUUUUUCUUCUUGAGUUUUUUCUUUUUUUUUUUUAGCAAUGCUGUUUUUCCUGAUAUUUUUAUGACAAGUUGAAUAUAUCACCUGUU